AUAAAAAAUCAUCUUACACUGUGUGUAUUCUUGUUUUCCUAAGCAGUUUGGAAACUCCAACAAUAUUAUGACGUUCUUUUUGAGUUUCUUUAACUGCAACACUAUUGUCCCACUAUUGUACAUCUUGAUGUGGCAUGUGUGGUGAAUUUAGAGGAAGAGUUUUAUUUACUUACUUACAUGCACAGAAUUUAUAUACUGUAUAUUUAUAUACUGUAAAACUUCAAAGCAGUUUAAAGGAAAGCUUGUAUAUAACCAAAAACAUAUGUCUGUUACAUGUAAAAAUAUACUUUGGCAUCUUUCUUUGCAGGUUGUUCAGCAACAGUUAUGAACUCUCGGUUACGAGCACUAGGUGGGAGAAUAAAUAACAUUCGAGCAUCAGAACUACCAAAGGAACGCACCCGAUCUGAGAUCAUUUGCAGUGUCCGCUUUUUGGAUGGCUCAAUGCAAAGCUUCAAAGUUAGUAAACAAGAUACUGGUCAGGUGUUGUUGGAUUUGGCCUUUAAUCACUUGGGUGUGACAGAGAAGGAAUAUUUUGGUUUGCAGCACUGUGAGGACUCAGCAGAUUCAACAAGAUGGCUUGAAUCUGGUAAACUUGUUCGGAAACAGCUAAAAGGUGGUUUCCCUUGUAGCCUGCAUUUUCGAGUAAGGUUUUUUAUACCUGAUCCGAACACACUGCAGCAGGAUCAAACCAGACAUUUAUUCUUUCUGCAAUUGAAGGCUGACAUUUUGGAAGGAAGGUUGUUAUGCCCUGUUAAUUCAGUUGUGGUACUUGCAUCAUAUGCAGUUCAGUCUCAGCUUGGAGACUACAAUGGUUCCACCCAUCUUCCAGGAUACCUUUCAGAGUAUUGCUUUAUUCCAGAGCAAAAUCAAGAUUUCACAACCAAAGUUGAAUCGCUGCAUGAACAGCACAGGGGCCUCAGUCAGUCAGAAGCAGAGUCCUGCUACAUUAAUAUAGCAAGAACACUUGAAUUCUAUGGAGUAGAAUUACACAGUGGUAGAGAUCUUCAUAAUCUUGAUCUUAUGAUUGGAAUUGCUUCAGGAGGUAUUGCUGUAUAUAGGAAACUCAUUUGCACAAGCUUCUAUCCUUGGGUGAACAUAAUAAAAAUUUCGUUUAAACGAAAGAAGUUCUUUAUCCAGCAGCGACAGAAACAUGUGAGUAUAGUUUGUUUCUCCCAGCCACCCCACCCCUAGACUUUUUUACAAUUA